GACUCAUUCAAAUAGACAAUUCAGGCCUUUGAUUGUGAAAAGGUGAAUUCCAGGCCAAUGCUUCCAAUUCAGCUGCUCCAGGCUUUCUCCUCUUUAGCCGCCUGGCCCUUUGCCCAGAUCCUCCCUGGCCUGGCACACCCCCGGCUGUCUUUUGGCAAGGGCUGGCAUUGUCCCCUGAUGGGCAAAUCUGCCCAUUCCCUUCCUUGCCCCUCCUAGCAGGGCAGGGGAGAUUCCCAUGCAUAAUUAUAAGCCCGGCUCUCUCUCUGCAGCUGGUGGAAGCCGGGCACAGAUCCAAGGGAAAGAUGGGGAAUGAAAGAGAAUGGCCUGUUUACAAGACCCGGGGAAGGCGAGGGGCUGCGUGCAAGGACUCACGGUCCAUGCCAAGCUUUCUCCCAAUGCCAAGCAAAUCCUCUUGGGAAUCAAGAGCAGGGGAGACACGCAGCACUAAGAGGAGGCCCGCAGGCACGAGGUGGGCUGUUGAUAGGAAGGGGACAGGAAAGACCAGUUCAGCACCCAGGAAGACCCCAAUGGGUGGACAGCGAGGCUGAGACCCUGGUGCUGCUUAAGACAGCGCAGAGGGUCUAGCCGUGACUCGCUGGCCGAAGAGCAGAAGCUGCAGAUGGCCGCACAUCCGAGAAAGAAAUCCGGGAUCUCACUCAGCUUCCUGCCUCUGUGGCUGGUGGGCACCCCAGACUGGCCUGUCGCUCAGCUCUACCUCUGGCUUAGUCUCUUCCUCGUGGAGAUGGUGGCCAGCCGAGUGACGGCCUCUCUGCUGCUGCAGAUUUGUGCCUUGCACACCCUGGAAGGCACGCUGGCCCUGGCGGUGAGCUUGGUGGAUGCCAGGCUCGCCGCUGGCAGUUACCCCAGCUGGAAGAACACCUUUGGAUGGUCGCGGGCCCCAAUCGCGGGUACCCUGGUGGGUGCGGUGUUCCUCAGCGCGCUGUGCGUGGCUCUGCUGGCCGAGGCCCUUCGCAGAAUUGCAGAACCAAGGCUCACAGAGCACCCGCUGGCUCUGAUGGGGAUCGGGGCCCUGGCUAUCCCCAUCCAUCUGGCUAGAGAAAGUUUGCCCCGGAAACACCCCCCUAAGCUGGACAUUAGGCCCUGCUGUAGCAAAAGAAGGCUUGUGCAAGUGGGAAAACGGGAAAUGGAAGAUCUUCUGGGCAGCGGAUCUCCAAGCCACAAGCAACCCUGGCUGGCAGAAGGCAGGGAAAGAAAUGCUGCAUCAGCAACAGGACCGUGGCAAAGUCUUUAUCUUGGAUGGAUGGUGGCGUGCUUGGGACCUGUGGCAGUUUUCCUGUAUUCUCUCGCUAUCCACCUGCUGUGGAAUCCAUGCCUGGGGCAUGCAGCGUGUCUGGAUCGCUGCUUCAGGCACCCGUGCCGGCCUUGGGAAACACCCGAUGUUCUGCAGCAACUGUCAAUGGCUUGUUGGACCUUGUACUUGGACCCCGGGCUCGCGAUGAUGAUCACAGUGGCCCUCCUGUGCUUGAUCUGGCCCACCCUGCGGACCUCUGCCCUGGUGCUCCUGCAGGCCAUGCCGGAAGGGCUGGAUCUGUGGCGUCUGGAGCAAUGCCUCCGUGCCACAGAGGGGGUGGCCGCCGUGCGGGAACUCCGCAUCUGGCAGCUGGACGGCCGCAGCGGCCUGGUGGCCACGGCCCACCUGGGCUGUCUCAAUGCGGCCGCUUACGAGCCGGUGAUCCGGAGAGUCAAGGAGGUGUUCUGCGAACACGGCAUCCAUGCCGUCACGGUGGAGCCAGAUCUGGGGAUGCACCCAAACAGGGAAUGCCGGGAAGGAUCCAGCGAGGGAUCCCGUAUGAGGCAGCUGAGUCCAGAUCCUGUAGAGAUGCUGGAGUUUGUGACCAGCGUGUGA